UUUUGUGCAAUAACAAAUCAAUUACAUAACAGGUCGAUUGCUAGUUAUUUCAGUCACAAGAUGCGCCGUUCCAAUGUGUCUAACAUCCAAAAGCCUACUACUGGUAAUGCACCAAGUAAACGCUCUCGUGUGCAAACUACUGAUCAUCCAUGCCCAAAUGGAUCCCGUUCUACUUCAGGUAGUGCAAUGAGUAAACGCUCUCGUGUGCAAACUACUAAUCAGCCAUGGGAAAAUUCUGUAGAAAAUGGAUUCAAUUCUAAUAUUGGUACCACUACAGAACGAACUACUACUGGUCCAACAAAAAAGGUGCGGGGAAAGACAAGAGGAGUGAAUGCAAAUAAGGUACUUUCUCAAUUGAAUGCUAAAAUACCUGUCACUCUGACCGAACAAAAUGGCAGGCCUACAGGCCCAUAUGCUGAAAUGUUGGCCAAUGAAAUUGGUUUCACAGUUUGAAACUAUGCCCCACUAAAUGUGGAAAAAUGGAAGAAGAUUUCGAAAAUUGAAGUGGAUAAGUUGGUUAAAAGAAUAACGAACAAGUUUGACAUUGACAUGUCUCUCCCUUGGAUCGAGAGAUAUGUAAUUACAACAUGUCAGACUAUAUUUUGUAAUUUUCGUUAUAAGUUGAAGAAACAUUUUGAGAGAUUUUCAACAAUCGAGG